GGAAACGAGCGCGUGUUGUUUCCCUCCUCUACCUGCAUGACAUGUUGUUGACAAUCUACAGUCUCAUUAAUAACCAUCACAAUGACCAUCACAGCUAUCACCAAUCUCAUUAAUAACCAUCACAACCAUCACAAAUCUCAUUACUAACCAUCACAAUGACCAUCACAGCCAUCACCAAUCUCAUUAAUAACCAUCACAACCAUCACCAGUCUCAUUAAUGACCAUCACAACCAUCAUCAAUCUCAUUAAUGACCAUCACAACCAUCACCAAUCCCAUUAAUGACCAUCACAAUGACCAUCACAACCAUUACCAAUCCCAUUAAUGACCAUCACAACCAUCACCAAUCUCAUUAAUGACCAUCAUAACUAUCAACAAUCUCAUUAAUGACCAUCAUAACCAUCACCAGUCUCAUUAAUAACCAUCACAAUGACCAUCACAGCCAUCACCAAUCCCAUUAAUGACCAUCAAAACCAUCACUAAUCUCAUUAAGGACCAUCAUAACCAUCACCAAUCUCAUUAAUGACCAUCACAGCCAUCACCAAUCCCAUUAAUGACCAGUACAAUGACCAUCACAGCCAUCACCAAUCCCAUUAAUGACCAUCACAACCAUCACCAAUCCCAUUACUGACCAGUACAAUGACCAUCACAGCUAUCACCAAUCCCAUUAAUGACCAUCACAACCAUCACAAAUCUCAUUAAUGACCAGUACAAUGACCAUCACAGCCAUCACCAAUCCCAUUAAUGACCAUCACAACCAUCACCAAUCCCAUUACUGACCAGUACAAUGACCAUCACAGCCAUCACCAAUCCCAUUAAUGACCAUCACAACCAUCACAAAUCUCAUUAAUGACCAGUACAAUGACCAUCACAGCCAUCACCAAUCCCAUUAAUGACCAUCACAACCAUCACAAAUCUCAUUAAUGACCAGUACAAUGACCAUCACAGCCAUCACCAAUCUCAUUAAUGACCAUCACAACCAUUACGAAUCCCAUUAAUGACCAUCACAAUGACCAUCACAACCAUCACCAGUCUCAUUAAUUACCAUCACAACCAUCACCAAUUUCAUUUAUGACCAUCACCACCAUCAUCAAUCUAUUUUUGUCCUAAAAUGCUUUGCACAUUUGUGUUUUCAAAGUCACUGAUGGAUGAUUGGACAGAAGGAUUGAUUCAUUUACUGUGUGCCAUCACAACACUGCAAAAAAGAACAUCUUAACAGCUCAGCAAGAGGAAAUAUCUUGAAUAUACUCAAAUGUAUUUAGUAUUUUCUAUUAUAAGAUCACAAUAAACCAAAUAUACGAUUAUUAAACCUAUUUCUAGUCAUUUUUACCCAAUAGUCUUGUUCUACUGACAUAAUUGUGCUUAUUUUAAGCUUUUAUUUCUAGGAAUAAGCUUGGAAUAAGUAUGAAAUCUCAAUAAAUAGGUUUAAUAAUUAUAUAUUUGGUUUAUUGUAAUCUUUUAACCCUUCUCAGCAGUUGCGUGUCAGUAACCUUUACAAGAUGUCACAUAUGGAUCAGUCUAAUUUCUCCUGAAAAGGCACAUCUGCUCCCUGUUCUACACUUAUCUAGUGAUUGAUCCUGGUAAUAAAAAUAAAACAAAACAAAAAAUAGCGAUAAUUUGAUCAGAAAUGGCGGCCAUGUCGCUCUGGCUCAUUUUGAUAACUGCUGUUGCCGGGGAAUGGAGGACAGAGAUAGAGGAAAGAGGCCACUGGGGUAAACACAGCGCUGAGAUAAGCGCAGGGCUGCAGGGAAAUGAGCGCUGUCUCUUGGAGCCGGUGAUUAGUGUGCAUUCCCUCAAUGCACUUAAUGAAUAAUGAGCGUGAAGGUCAGGUGUAGUGUUUGUACAGCAAAGCACAUGCUGUUGUGUUUUUGACAGACUGUUAGUCUAUAUCCAGUGCUACAUUCAGAACAUGUUGCUACCUUGAAAUAUUACUUUGUGACCAGAGAUCACAAAGUUGUGUUAAAUUCAAUUCAAUUUUAUUUGCAGACCUGCCAACCUUUACCUUUACUUAAUUUUGCAUUUUCCUUAAUUUUAACAUCAAAUUCAAAAAUACGCCAGAAAAAACUGUAGAUGAGCCAAUAGACAUGGGAAUCUAGAAUGACUGACAGUUGUUUUCAGCUCUCCAAUACUAACAGUCCCACUGGAAGCCCCGCCCCCUUCCAUAGCAUGCAAUUUUCUAGUGUUGUUUAACUAAAACAGACAAGCGACACACACACUACGCUUUCUACCUUUGACAAGUGAUAUGUGAAAGGACCCUGGAGUUGGCAGGUCUGUAUUUGGAUAGCGUUGUUAAAACAAAGCAGCUUUACAGAAAUCCAGAUGUAGAUUUAGAGCAAAGCAGAGGCGACAAUGGUGAGGAAAAAAUCCCUGUGACGUGAUGUGGAAGAAACCUUGAGAGGAACCAGUUCUUAUGUACAAACGUACAGCACCCAGGUCUGACUUACCACGGCUACAGAAAUGGUGUACGCUUUGCCGAUGGACGCUGUGAAGCCGUCUCUGCACACGACACUCCUGACAUACCUGAUGCCGAACAAUUCGGAGAGGGACAAUGUGUCGACUCUGCCAGCCAGUUUACCCACACCUGUCUGCAAUCUGGAUACAUCCUCGUUCCAACCUAACAGCACGCAGGUGUCCUACGAGCUCACUCCAGCAGAAGUGACCAUUCUCGGGCUGAUCUUUGGAGUCUUUUGGCUAGUCUCAGUUCUAGGGAAUGCUUUGGUGUGCCUGGUGAUACACCGCAGCCGCAGAACUCAGUCGACCACGAAUUACUUUGUGGUGUCUAUGGCUUGUGCUGAUUUGCUGCUGAGCCUGGGCUGUGCUCCAUUUGUUCUGCUCCAGGUCUCAUCCGGGUAUUGGCCCCUGAGUACGGCGGCCUGCAAGGCAGUGCGGUACAUCCAGCACUUGUGCCCUGGUGUGCAGGUCUAUGUGCUCCUUUCCAUCUGUGUGGAUCGCUUCUACACGAUUGUGUAUCCACUGAGCUUCAAAGUGUCUCGGGAGAAGGCGAAACGCAUGAUCCUGGCUUCUUGGCUCUUUGACGCAGCCUUCGUCUCCCCGUGCCUCUUUUUCUAUGGAUCUUCUUCGUCAAUUGCGCAAAGACACUGUGAAUUUUUCCUUCCAGGAUCUUGGGAUGGUCUGGCCUACGCUCUCACUCACCUCCUGUUUGGUUUCCUGGUUCCAGCACUUCUUAUCUUAUCCUUCUACCAGAGGGUAGUGCGCUACAUCUGGCGGAUUAGUGCGGACGGACGCACGGUGCGCAGGACUAUGAACAUUGUACCCAGAACAAAAGUAAAAACCAUCAAGAUGUUCCUGAUGCUCAACACUGUGUUCCUCCUCACAUGGAUGCCUUUUUACGUAGCACAGCUUUGGCAUCCUGAUGUAUCCGCUGGCCCCAACAGGCAGGGGGCGCUGUUCUUUGUUGCAAUCGCAUGGAUGUCGUUCAGCUCCACUGCUUCUAAGCCAACGCUCUACUCGGUGUACAACGCCAAUUUCAGACGAGGAAUGAGAGAGACAUUCUGCAUGUCAUCGAUGAAGUGCUACCGGAGCAACGCGUACACCAUCACCGCCAGUUCACGGAUAGCUAAAAAAAAUUAUGUGGGUGUUGUAGACUUGCCAGUGCCGCCAAAAACUCUGAUCAAAGAUUCCGUUUAUGACACUUUUGACCGAGAAGCAAAAGAGAAAAAACUGGCAUGGCCUAUAAGUGUCAACCCACCAAACACAUUUGUAUAGAAUGGCAUAGUGACAUGUCUGUCCAAAUGUACUCAAAGGUGCUCGGGUUCACAUUUUUUUGGAACACACCUAGCAUCGAGAACUGAAAGUGCUAUACCUAUUGUUAUUCUAACUGAAACAGACAAGCAGGACAAAAGCAACAAGUUGCUCAGUUUAACUGACAGUAGCCAGGUGUCUAGCUCAUGCGUUCGUGAGAAGUACUUUUGUGUCAUUUCUGUCUGUAGUAUGUUACGUAAUGUUAAAUUCUUGUAUGUUGUUUCUUGUGAUCAUAAAUGUCGUGAUGCAAAACGAAACCGUCAGGUUGGAAGACACUUGUUGAGAGAAAGCAAUUGUGAGUCUAUCUUAUCUAUAUGUCCAUGCAGUUUAGAUUUGUUCUAUGGGUUUGUGAGAGGAAUGUCAUCUACACUGCAAUCGAUGGAUGGGCUUUCUCACGAUACUACUGCUGUGAUGAUGCUUUUGUUUAUUACCAUAGAGUGUUAAUUUCUGUAGGAAACAUGUCCUGUUCCAGCAAAUGUCCAAAACUGUGUUGCAUUAACAAUGAUGAGCAAAGAAUAAAAAAAAGAAUCAGUUGCAUAUCAAAUACAGGCUCAAUUUCUUAAUGUUUUAGUAGCGGCCUUCUGUGAAAAUCACUGUAGAGCAGAUGGCAUUGUUUCUGCUUUAUUGGUGGCAAACAGUGUUAAAAAGAUAUGGCUCCAUUACACAACGAAUAAUAAAAUGUACUUCAAUAUGAACACCAUUAGUGUCUAAAUGAAGACAGUGUGACAUUUCCAGCAUUAACUUUCCAUGCUUUUGGGUUGUUUGAUAUUAGUUUCAUUGUCUGUCUGAGAACAAAACCUCAAAUGAAAUGAAAUUCAACAAAAGACAUUUAACCAAAUGAUGUAAAAUCUUUCACUGUAAAAUCUACUGUCAUUAAGCAAGACAUAAAAUUACCUAAAACAUCAAUUAACUAUGGAAGUUUGGAAAGGCCACAAGGUUUCUUGAGAUCAUGACUUAUUUUCCUCAUGAUGUCGAAAUGCAUGAUUAGGCAUACAUGCCUACAUACAUGAUACGGAUGAGCGUGUCUGUUUUUAGUUUAAUCAGCAACUGAUCCAAGAGGAAAUAGCUGUAUGUUUAUCAGAGCUAGACAAUUUCCGUCACUUGAGAAGGCCACUCUGCACCUGUACCGUCACGGACACGACAGUGAUCCUGAACAGAUGAUCAGUUUCACUGCCAGAUAACUUGAGGGACCGGUAUGUCUCCACGGUUGCCACAUGAUGUUUGAGAGAUGCCACCUAAAUGGUUUGCGGUUCAGGACAUUUUCUUCCACCUUCUUCAAAAUCUUCGGAAAUAGGAUGUAAAUACUGCAGAAUCUCAGAAAAGCACUUUUGUUAUCUUGAGCUCAUGAGAAAAAGAGCUCAUGCAAACUUGUGAUAAAUUAUGAACAAUGAAUAAGUUGGAAAAAUAGAAAUAACUGAUAGCUUUUCUGGACUACCGUAAUCAACAGAAUGUGCUGGGUAAAUUGAGUAUGCUGACAAAUUUAAAAUAGGCACAUCACUGACUUAAAUAGUCAGGAGCACUGAAUCAAAACUUCAUAACCACUGACAAACCCAGCAGAGGAAAGAAAUCUUAUUAAAUGUUUACGCUAAG